CUGUGGGUGCUGUGUGGGGUGCUGUGGGUGCUGUUCCUGCCUCACAGGGUGCUGUGGGUGCUGCUCUGCGCUCCCAGGGUGCUGUGCCAGGUUCAUGGGGUGCUGUGGGUGCUCCGCCAGGGUUGUGGUGCUGUGCUGGUGUGCCUUGGUGUGAGGCUCAGGUGCUCAGCUCUGGGAGCGCAGUGGGAUGCCUGGGGCUCCUGGGCUCUGUGGGGAGCUGAUGGCAGCCUUCUGGAAUUUGCAUAAUUAAUUGCCUCACCAUAACCUAUUAAGUGUUGCCCUCACAGCCUCGUGCCCUUGCAGCUGUGAUUCACCCGGACUGGGAGCAUGAAGGGCAGACUGAUGCAUGUUCCCGGGGUCCCUGUACCUCUGGGGAAGUCUGUCCAUACAUCUCCCUGGAUUUAUCUUGGCCCUUUUUGGAAGCCGGACAUGGCACGUGGGACACGGCACAUCCCCCGCUUUGGGCUUGGCUGCUCCAGCUGUGGAUGUUGUGUGUGUAGGAGCUGCUCGGGCACCAGCACAGGCCAGCGCCUGGCUCCUCAGCUGACAGCCUUUGAUCCAGUGCCAUGACUGAUAACACAGCCACGAUUGAUAACACAGCCAGUGCCAGCUCCAGAGCAAAGUUUGUGUGUAACAACAGGGCCUGGAGGGAACUGUGGCCCUGGGGCAGGAGCAGCUCAGCCACUGGGAUGCAUUCAGGAAUAGGGGGCUGUGCAGGAUUGGGGCCAGGCUGUGCAGGAAUUAGCACUGCCCUUAAUUGCUGCUCAGCGAAGCAGAAUGGGAGCUGCUGGGGCACCAGCAGCCCACUCUGCCCUUGGCUGUGGCUGUUUCUGGGCGGAAGCUCAAGGCCAGCUUGGGUUUCUCUUCCUGCAAAGCUUUUUGCUUUAAUUAUUAACCAGUGCCAGGCAGUGCCGUGGCUUCUGGCUGGAGAUAAGCCAGGGCUGGGGAGAGGCUUGGGGGACCUUGCUGACCUCAGGCCCGCAGCCCCUGCAUGGUUCCUGUAGCACCUAUAAGUGCAGGUGGGGUAUAGGUUCUUCCAGAUCUGGUUUUAGGGGGGAUGAGGGUUUUGGGGAAGGGACAGACUCCUAGGAACCAUCUGUCUGUAUAGGACUCUCCCUGCCACUGGGGCUGUUCUCGUCCCGGGCUGGCCACGGCAGCCAGGGACCAUCCAGCUAAAAAUAACACCAGUAAAUAAAAUGCUUCCUCCUGGUCUGGCACGCAGGAGUGGAGGCACAGGGAGCUGGGACUUGCCUGGCCAUGGCUGCACAGCAGGACUGGCCCCAAGCCAGAGAGCUCUGGGCUGGUGCCACCGGCUGUGGGCCCGGCUGAGCACCCUCAGCACCACCCUGCCCAGCCCCUGAGGACACAGCAUCCUGUGGGGUCCCUGGUGCGAGCAGCAGGAUGUCACAGGGCCCUGCACAGUGUUGCCUUCACCUUCCACUUCCUCUUCCUCACCUAUGCCCUAUCUGUCCGGGCUGCAAUCAGCUGAGGCUGCCUGGCCCCUCCCUGGGCUGGGCAUGGCUAUAAAAUCCAGCGGCCAAGCAAAGGGUGUCACAAGGAUCUGGGAGCUGUUGGCAGGUGAGUGCAGGGGUGCCAGGGUUGGGCUUGGACAGUCUUGUCCGUCGGAUGCUGCUGCCAUCCCUGAGCUGCGGGUGGGAUCCUGCCUGGUUCCCGCAGGGCUCAGAGCUGGGUCUGGAUUUGGCCCCUACCCACCAGUUUUGGAUGAUACUUUUUGGGGAAGGCAAUGCUGUGGGGCAGAGCUGGGGGAGUGCAACCUUGCCCUGGGCACAGUAUGAGGUGCCCCCCCCUGGGGACAGAGGGGACUAAUGGGGGGCAGAGAAGCUGUUCGCAUGGGAUAUCCCUCUCCCUUGUCUGGAUGAUGCCAGGCUGGUCCCUCAGGGCAGGUGGACAUGGGGAGCAGAGGGGCUGAUGGGAGGCACAGGGUUUGUUCCCAUGGGAUAUCCCACUCCUCUGUCUAAGUGAUGCUGGGAUGGCCCCACUGGACAGGUGGACAUGGGGAGGGGGACCUGCCACCAGGAAAGCAAAGCCCAGGUGCCUGUGCCUGGCAGCCACCCAUGUCCCAGCCACCAGGAAGUAGUGGCCCUGGUGACACAGCCUUGAGUCACGCCAGAGGCUCUGGGUGACACCCUGUCUGGGACACCUGGGCCGGGAGGGGGAUGCUUGGAGAGAGGUAUCCCAGUCCCUGAACUGCCCCAUCCCUGUCCCCAGGCAGCAGCAGCGAUGGCAACGCUCUACCCCUCCCUGGAGGACAUGAAGGGCCAUCAGGUCCUGCAGGCACAGGCAGCUGCUGGGGUGAGGACCCCCCCCACCACAGUGGUCACGGAGAAGCCAAAGCUCACCUCGGGCACCGAGCCGCCCGUGCUGUACCCCAACCUGUCCGAGCUGGAGAACUACAUGGGGCUCGCACUCUCCAGCGAGGAGAUCCAGAAGAACCUGCACCCAGAGGACAACACUGCCCUGACCCCCGUGGGCCCCACCCCGGGCCAGCUGGUUGCCCCCCUGACCGGGAACAGCGUGGGGCUGCGGCGGGCAGAGAUCAAGCCGGGCGUGCGGGAGAUCCACCUGUGCAAGGACGAGCGGGGCAAGACGGGGCUGCAGCUGAAGAACGUCGACCAGGGCAUCUUCGUGCAGCUGGUGAAGGCCAACUCGCCGGCGGCGCUGGUGGGGCUGCGCUUCGGGGACCAGGUGCUGCAGAUCGACGGCAAGAACUGUGCGGGCUGGAGCAGCGACAAGGCACAGCGGGCACUGAAGAAGGCAAACCCCGAAAAAAUCGUCAUGGUGGUGCGGGACAGGCCUUUCCAGCGCACUGUCACCGUGCACAAGGACAGCACCGGCCACAUCGGCAUCGUGGUGAAGAAGGGGAAGAUCGUGUCGCUGGCCAAGGACAGCUCAGCUGCCCGCAAUGGGCUCCUCACCCACCACUGCAUCUGUGAGGUGAACGGCCAGAACGUCAUUGGCAUGAAGGAUAAACAGCUCACGGAGGUGCUGGCAGGGGCUGGGAAUGCGGUGACACUGACCAUCAUCCCCACUGUGAUCUACGAGCACAUGGUCAAACGGCUCUCAUCAGGGCUGGUGAAGUCAUCCAUGGACCACUCCAUCCCUGACCUGUGAUGCCAUCACUGCCUUCCUGGGGAGCUGACACUGGAAGCUGGGAGGAGCUGCUGAGGGGACCCCACAACAUCUGAAAAGCUUUUUUAGUGUGAAUCUCCUCAUCGCUCCAGAGGCUGGUGGCUGCUGGGUGGUUCUUCCUCUCCUCAGAAGGGGUGGGGCAGGUGUCCUGUCCCAGGGUCCCCAUGUCCCCCUGUCCCUGCUCAGGCCAGCCCCCCUCAGGGUGGAUGCCAAGGGCUGGCUCCAGCCAAAGCAGACACAGACCCAGCGACGUUUAUUACAUCCACCACAGAGAGUGAGUACAGGACAGGGGAAACAAGAAAAGGGGGGUUUACAGCUUUUUCAGUUCUGUAUUUAAAAAAUAUAUUAUAUAGAUUUGUCUUUCAAAUAUAAUCGUUACAUUUA